GCACUUCCAGCCAGGCAUGCUGGAUGAGUUAACCGCAACCGUGAUUCUUCUGGUGGUCUUUCUACCGGGUCAGUUCAUGGUUCACUUCGAUGUCUUCGUGCAUUUGCUUCACUUUUACACUCUGGACGGUCUUUGUGCCUUUUAACACGGCAGUACAGACAGAUGUUAAAGGGAGAAGAUGAUCUGCAGCAUCCUGCUGCUCAUCAUCCUGACCUCCUGUGUCUCUGGAACAUUUGUAGUGAAUGUGACACAGACCUCCUAUCAGGCAGAGGAGAACCACAACAUCACACUGGAGUGGACCUUCACAACCAACCCUCACAGUUCCUCCAACUCUCUGAAUAUCUUCUGUGAACUGUUAACUGAUCUCAGGCCUUUUUGUCUGUUUCAUCUCCAUGAAGGAGUUGAGGUCCCAGAGUCUCAGGAUGAACAGUUUGCAGGACGAGUCCAGUGGGACAAAGACGUCCUCAGAGAAGGACGACUCAGACUUCAUGUGUCCAGACUCAGGACUGAAGACUCGGGACUAUACAAGUGUGAUGUGCUCACAGAUUAUGGGAGGAACUCUGGUAGAUGUUGGCUCAAUGUCACUGCAGCGAGGGAUCGACCUGAACCUGAGACACCAAACACAACAAGUCCACCACAACCAGAGAGUCGGGGAAGGAUCGGUCUCUACUGUGGACUGGGACUGACAGCAGCAGCUCUGCUGGCUGAUUGUUUCUGUUUGUUCAGACUCAGAGAAAAGUUACAGUUCUGCAGUUGGAAACAGUUUAAUCAACAACUCUAAUAAUGAGACAACUCUGGUAGAAUCCAGUUACAUACCACAGAGCCCCAGAAAAAAACUAGUUCCCUAUUCCCUAUUCCCAAGAAGCAAACCGAAUAUUCACCAAUUUAAAGGCUUAUUCUGUACAGAACACAUGUUGUGAGGCUGGUAGUUACGUUUAGAAGUCAGAGAGACUAAAUCUGUUCAGAUGAAGGAUCAUCUAUUGGUAACUAAAAUAAGCAACAGAUCGCAUGU